AUGGCUGACGAGAAGCCGUCGGUCCUCAUCAUUGGCGGCUUGGGCUAUAUCGGCCGCUUCCUUGCCCAGCACAUCCACAAGAACAAUCUUGCCUCAGAAGUCCGAAUCGUCGACAAGGUCCUGCCCCAGCUCGCCUGGCUGGCGCCUGAAUUCUCGGAAGCAUGCGCCCAGAGCAAGUUCAUGCAGGCCGACGCUAGCAAGCCGGAGGCUCUAGUCAAAGUGUUCGACCGACCCGACGGCAAGCAGUGGGACUAUGUCUUCAACUGCGGUGGCGAGACGCGAUACUCCCAGGAAGACGAGGUUUACAAGCUCAGGUCCUUGGACCUUUCCCUUGCGGUUGGCCAGGAGGCUGCCAAGCGCAAAGUCAAAGUCUUUGUCGAGCUAAGCACGGGCAUGGUAUACAAGUCAGAUUCAGUUCCCAGCAAGGAGGGAGACAAGUUGAAGCCAUGGAGCAAGAUUGCCGUCUUCAAGCUGCAGGCAGAGGAGGCACUAGCCAAGAUCGAAGGGCUCAACCUCGUCAUUGUCCGCCUUCCUCAUGUGUACGGCCCCUACGCUUCUCAAUGGGUAGCGACAGCCCUAUGCAUGGCACGCGUUUACCAGCACAUCGAGGGCGAAAUGAAGUGGCUGUGGACCAAAGAUUUGCGCACCAACACUGCGCAUAUCCACGAUGUAUCCCGAGCCCUCUGGGACAUUGCCGCCUGGUACGACGCCGGCAAGCCCAACUGGGACGAGAGCGAGAUGGGCAAGGUGCCCGUAUUCAAUGUGGUGGACAAGGGCGCCACCACGCAGGGCACCAUUGCUGACAUUAUUGGCGAAAUCUUCAAAAUCGAGACGGGCUUCCAGGGUCAGCUGAUCAGCACUUUCGCGAGGAUGAACCUCGACAGCGUGGUCGACGAUGUCAACGACGAGAUCCUCGGCCCCUGGGCUGAUCUGCUAUCCGACGCCGGCAUCACACGGCCAGGCCCGCUGACGCCGUUCAUGGAGAAGGAGCUUCUCAAGGACACCGACCUCAGCAUGGAUGGCAGCAGGUUGGAAGAGAUUGUGGGUUUCAAGUACGAGAAACCCGUCAUCACCAAAGAGCUUGUUGAAGAGGUCAUUGAGAGCUACAAGCAGAUGAAGUGGUGGCCAUGA